AUGGCUCCCAGUCAUCCGGAGAGACCAAAGUGCAAUAAAGUGUGGUUUGUGGCUGGAGUGAUCAGCAGGGAGAGGAUUCCAACCUUUGAGAGGAUGCUGUGGAGGGUGUGUCGCGGUAACGUCUUCUUAAGGAAGGCUGAGAUUGAGGAUCCUCUGGAGGACCCCGCCACGGGAGACCAAGUCCACAAAUCAGUGUUUAUUAUCUUCUUCCAAGGUGACCAGCUGAAGAACAGGGUGAAGAAGAUCUGUGAGGGGUUUCGUGCCUCGCUUUAUCCGUGUCCAGAGACCCCACAGGAGAGGAAGGAGAUGCUGGCUGGAGUCAACAGUCGUAUCGAUGACCUCCAGAUGGUGCUGAACCAAACAGAGGACCACCGUCAGCGAGUGCUGCAGGCCGCUUCCAAGACCAUGCGGGUGUGGUUCAUCAAGGUGAGGAAGAUGAAGGCCAUCUACCAUACCCUCAACCUCUGCAACAUCGACGUCACCCAGAAGUGUCUGAUUGCUGAGGUGUGGUGUCCCGUCUCAGACCUGGACUCCAUCCAGUUCGCUCUGCGCAGAGGAACGCUCACAGGCGAAUAA